AUGAUUUUGGUGUCGUGCAAAAUGUGCGCUGGACAUGCGAGCUCCGGAAAAAUGAGCGUGUUGACCGGAUUUGCGAAUUUGGCGUGUGGCGAUCGCCUCAACAUCAACACGCCGCUCAUCAUUGCCGCUCGCAAAAAGACGAACGAUUCGAUUUCGAGGCGACUCGCCAAUUAUCGCGAGCAUUUCAAAACCGAUCAUGUCAAUGUGCCGGAAACAAAUGUCAGAGAGCUUGGAGCAUUAUUCGAUCGGCUCACAUUCAAAUUGCCUUCCAAAUAUAUCGAAUAUAAGCCGCCGGAGGCGCUGGAGAACACAAUCGAAUAUGAUAUUGAUGAAGAGGAUUCGAAAUGGAUUGAGAUGGCGAAUGCGGAGAGAAUUCGAAGCUCGGUGGAGGAGAUCAGCGUUGAGAAGUUUGAAAUAGCGAUCGAUCGAAUGGAGAAAUGCUGUAAAUUUGAGCCGCUUGCUGGAAAUUUGGGACCAUCGAACGCGCAGGCAUCGUGCGACGAUGAAACCGACGAUGUGUGUUGCGUUUGCGCCGACGGCGACGUCUCCAACGCGAAUCAGAUUAUCUACUGCGAUAUGUGCAAUAUUGCCGUCCAUCAGGAUUGCUAUGGGGUUCCCUACAUUCCCGAAGGUUCGUGGCUGUGCCGAAAAUGCAAAUUGAGCCCAUCGGAGCCGGUCAAGUGCUGCCUGUGUCCGCAUCCGUUCGGAGCGUUCAAACCGACUUCCGACGGUCGAUGGGCGCAUGUCGUUUGUGCAAUUUGGCUCAAUGAGGUUCAUUUUGGGAAUGCUGUGUUUUUGGAGCCGAUUGAAGGUGUUAAAGAAUGUCUGAAGGAGAGGAAGAUCUUGCGAUGCUUGUACUGCAGGAAGAAACAUGGCGCCUGCAUUCAAUGCUCGAGUCGAAGUUGCAUCAAAGCGUUUCACGUGACGUGCGCCCAACAAUUGGGUCUCGCCAUGAAAGUCGAGACUGUGCUCGACAAAGACGACGGCGAAGAGAUUGACGUGAAACGAUUCGUUUAUUGUCAGAAGCACGCGGCCGGCAAUAAUAUGACGAAACGCGAGAUUGAGCAAUCGAUUCGAAAAGCGCGACGCAAUAUGGAAUCGAGCGGAGCUUAUCGGCCGACGAUCACAAUGCCGACGAUUAGUCGCGAAAAUGUCGAUCGAAUCGCGCGAGAGACGGGCAUCGAGAAGUUCGAAGACGUCGUCGUCUAUUGGUAUCAGAAGCGUCGAUCGCGCGCCGGUGUGCCGCUGAUUCGUCGACUCAACGUCGAAGUGGCGCCGAAAGAGCGAAAACGCGCCAACUCGACGGUUGUGGCGUUGAGCAGCGCCGAAAAGGCGCUCUAUGAGCAAUUCCAGAGGAUUCGCAACUCGCUCGAGACGACACGAAUGUUGUCGGAGCUCAUCAAGAAGCGCGAGGUCAACAAGAGGGGCUAUCUUAUCCAUCAUCGCAAAUUGUUUGAAAAAUCGCUGAUGCCGAUCGAGGAGAUUUUGAGUCGAAUUCUCGAUGAGUUUGACAAAGAGGAUGAGCAGAACGUGUUCGCCGAGCCCGUUCAACUCGAUGGCUAUUUGACGAUCAUCAAGAAUCCGAUGGAUUUGUCGACGAUGCGACGCAAAUGCGCCAAUCGAAAAUAUUCGUCGGUGAACGAUUUGCGCAAAGAUCUUCUGCUCAUGACCGACAACUGCGCGAAAUUCAAUCACGACAAUCGCUACUAUUUGCGGUACGGCAAAAAGUUUCGAAAAGCGGCGUUGUCGAUUCUCGACGAGGCCGAGAAAAUGGCGAACGAGACGAUUCACAGUGGCAAUAAAACCGCCGAAUUUGUCGAGAUUUUCACGCGCGAGCUGGGCGAGAACUUUUUGCGUCAAAAAAUCCGAAUUGGCGGCGACGAGCCGGAAGCGAAACGCUCGCGAAACGAGCCGAUCGACGAUGACUUCGGUGCGGGACCAUCGAGCCAAAUUGCCGACGACAUUGACGAGGAUGAGCAGAUUGAUGGUAGGCAAAAGUCGAAGACGACGACGCCGUCGUCGAGUAGGAAUCGCGGACGCGGACGGCCGGUGAUGCGAACGACACCGACGGACGUCGUUGUCGUCGUUCAGAGUCCCAUCGAGCAGGACGAGCAAUUGGAGUCGGAAACUUCAAUCGCUCCGACGCCAAAAUCGGGUGGCACACUCGCGUCGUCGUGGAAAUCGAUAUUCACCGGUGCCGUCGGACAAGUGAAGCGCAAGAGCACAUUCGGCGCGACGGCGACGACGCCGAAACGCAAAAAAGAGUUGGCGGCGAACCAGACGAUUUUGCCGUUUUUGUCGACGACGACGACGACGACAUCCGAACCGCCGCUCACGUUUUCGGCGAUCGCGAAAUCCGGCGCCAACUCGCCGCUGGUGUUGGUGAACGCGCGCAACACGCGCAACGUUCGCAACAAUCCGCAUUUCUCGGGUGUUCGCGACUAUGACGCCGUCAAAAGUCCACUUCCGGCCGAUUCGGCGUCGUCGACGGAAUGCUCGACCGACGAGGAUGUGGUUCCCGAUGAGGCGACGAAUGUUCGGAAGAAGAAUGGAAGUGCGAAGCCGAAGCGAAAGAGUUUCCCGCGUCUGAAAGGCGGCAAAGAGAGUCCGGUGGAGAAGGCGAAAAUGGAUUGCAAAUCGAAGUUUGCGCACAAUGCGAUUGUGAAUGUCGAUGGAAAAGCGGCGAAGGUGAUUGACUCGCAAUACGCCCAUUUGUCGGACAUUUCACGCGAGCAACGCCAACAGAUGUUCGCGACGCGGCCGCAUCAGAAUGGCGCGUCGCCGCGGAAUCGGCCGUCGUAUUGCGGCGGCGGCGGCGACGACGAUCAUCUCGUCUACGUCGAAUUCUUCCAGAAGACCAACAAUUCCGAGCAGUAUAAAUGGGUCCCGUCGGAGCGAGUCACACUGCUCGACAUGUCGAAUACGAAUAAGGCGAAAAUUGUUGGACUGAAAGCUGCCAAAGAAUGGUAA